AUGAAGACUGCCAUUGCAGCAGCCGCUCCCCUCCUCCUAUUCCUGGCCCUGGCCGCCAUGGCAGGCGCCGUGACGUUCGACGCGACGAACACGGUUCCGGACUCCGCCGGCGGGCAGAGAUUCGACCAGGACGUUGGCGUCGACUACGCCAAGCAGGUGCUCUCCGAGGCCUCGUCCUUCAUCUGGACCACCUUCAACCAGCCCAACCCGGAAGACCGGAGGGACUACGACUCCGUCACCCUCGCUGUGGUUGACAACAUCGAGCCUGUGGCCCAGACCUCCGGGAACGCUAUCCAACUCCGAGCCCAGUAUGUCGCCGGCUUCGACGAGGGCGACGUCAAGAAGGAGGUGAAGGGCGUGCUGUACCACGAGGCGACGCACGUGUGGCAGUGGAACGGGCAGGGCAGGGCAAACGGCGGGCUCAUCGAGGGGAUCGCCGACUACGUGCGGCUCAAGGCCGACCUCGCGCCGACGCACUGGCGCCCGCAGGGGAGCGGCGACCGUUGGGACGAGGGGUACGACGUGACGGCCAAGUUCCUGGACUACUGCGACUCCCUCAAGGCCGGGUUCGUGGCGGAGAUGAACAGCAAGCUCAAGGACGGAUACAGCGACGACUACUUCGUGCAGAUCCUGGGGAAGAGCGUGGACCAGCUGUGGAACGACUACAAGGCCAAGUACCCCCAGCCCCAGGGCUGA